AUGAGAGUUCUUAAUUUCCCUUUUAUAUUGAAUAAAAGAUCUUAUUUUAGUAUAUACAAUUUUUUUAUUUCCAUAAGAAAAGGUGGUGAAUCGACGUUAAAGAAUGAUAUAAAAUAUAGCUAUAUAAAAGAAUUAUUAACAUAUGAGAAAGAAAAAAUAAAAUUAAAAAAAAAUGUAAACGAAUAUGAUGAAAAUAAGAAUAUUAGUAAUAAACAUUCUAAUGAAUACAUAAAAGAUAUGGAAGAGAAAAUAAAAAAUCAUAAUGAUUUAAUUAAUGAUAAUGAAAAUAAUAAAAAAGUAAAACAUUUAAUUAAAAUAAAUAAAACUGAAGGAGGAAUAAAAAUAAAAUGUUCUACAUCUUUAAUAUAUAUGUUAUCAUUAAAGUGUAGAUAUAUUGAAAGUAUAUGGUUAAAUGUUGCAAAAAAUAAAAAAUGUAAUUCUUUAAAUUGUUUAAGAGAAAUUUUUUUAAAUAUUGAAUGGAAUAAAUAUAUUCAUUAUGAAGAUUUAAAAUCUAUUCCUUUAAAAAUUAUAUGUACACAAUCUACAUUAUUUGAUAUAUCAAAUUUAAAAAAUGAAAUAUAUAAAUAUAUAAAUGAAGUCAAUUUAAUGUCUCAAGGUUAUCAACAUAUAUCAUCAGAUGUAGAGACUAUUAAAAAUAUAAAAAGUGACAUAAACUCAGGAUAUUCAAAUGAUAAUGUUAUAACUUCAAAAGAGUUAACUGAUACACAAAAAGAUAUAUUAUAUUCUAAUUAUCAUACACUCCAUAGUAAUAAUUGUUCAACUACGUUUGAAAAAAUAGAUAACAAAAAUUAUUUUUUAAAAAACAUAUGGAAUUUAUUAUGUGUCCAUAUACAUAAUAAUAUAUGUAAUGUAGAUAUAAAAUUUACAGGGAAAUUAUCUCCAAGGUUUUAUCAAUAUGUUAAUAUGAAAGAAUUAAAAGAUAUACAAAAUAUAGAUAAAUAUGAAAAUAUAAAUUUUUCAUCUCUUUUUUAUAAACAUCCUACAAUAAAUGAUGAGAAAAUAAAAAAUAUUGUCAAUCAAACUAUACCUUAUUGGUCUGUAUGUGAAGAAAAGAAAAAGAUACAAAUGGAUUAUGAAAAAGAAAUACAAAUAAAUAAAAACACAGAUGAUAUUUAUUAUAAGUAUAAUUAUUUCUUAGAUCCUUAUAAUAAAAAAUUAGGUGUCUCUAAUGAUAAUUCACAUCAAGAUAUAUAUUCAUCAUUAACAAACCAACCAAAAAAAGAUAAUCAUUCAUUUAUUUUAAAUGAUGAAGAAUUGUUAUUAAAAAAUGAAACAUAUGAAGAAAAAAAUAAAAAUAUAUAUAUGGAAAAUAAUAAUAAUGAUAAUAUAGAACAUUAUAAAAAUCAUAAUGUUAUAAAUGAUGAAAAAGAAAAUGAGAUAUAUAAUUUAAAAGGUCCUUUAUCAAAAGAUUUUAAUAUAAACAAAUAUAAUAUGAUUAAAUAUUUAAAUGAUAUAGAACUUAGAAGAAUGAAUUAUUAUAAUAAUAAUUUUUUUUUAAGUGAUGAUAGUUAUGAUUCUUCAAGUUGUAUAUAUUCAUUAAUUAUAAAAAAAUGUUUACACAAUAAAACAAAUAUAAAUAUUAUAUGGGAUCCAUUUUGUAGUACUGGAAAUUUAAUAUUUGAAUUAUUUUCUUAUUUACUAAAUAUUCCAUUAUAUAAUCAAGACGAGAUAUUACCCUUUAUGAAUUUAAAAAUAUAUAACCAUGACGAAUUUCUUAAUAUAUACAAUUAUAACAUGAAUCAUUUAAUUAAUAAUUAUUCAAAUAUACAUUUAAUAGGUAGUGAUAAUAGAAAUAUGAUGAUUUUACAAUGCAAAAAAAAUUUGGUUAGAUAUGCCUUAUAUUAUAAAAAAAUAUUAAAAUAUAUUAAAAAUAAAAAGAAAAAUGAUAUAACCACUAAAAUGGAUGUUGAUAUACCUUUUAAUGCAAACAAACAAAAUAACCUUAGUGAUUAUACUUGUUCAAAUUAUAUAAAAAAAAAUUCCUUCUUAAAAAAUGUCUUAAAAGAAGACUUACAAGAACAUGAUGAUGAAGAAAAUGAUACUGAUGAUAUGAAUAACCUUUUUGAUGAAACGUCUCCCUGGAAUUUUUCUACUGACAUGGAUGAAUUGUGUGAAAUAAAGGAAGAAACUAUGAAAAAUAAAAAAAAUAAAAAAAAUAUUAAUACUUUAAAUAGUAUUCAUAACAAAAUCAUAAAGAAUGAAGAAAAAAAGGCUAAUAUAUCAGAUCAAUGUACUGAUGAAAUUAAAGCCCCUGAUAUUGAUAUAAUAUCUAUAUCAACAGAGGAAGAUAAAAAGUACAAUAUAAAUUUACCUUUUGAUGUUUCUUUUCACAAGGCUCAUUUUUUUAAUCUAUCCCCCUUUAUAAAAAAUGCAAUAAUUAUAACAAAGAUGCCUCACUUUAAUUUCUCAAAGGAACUGGGUGUUAACAAAAAAACGUUCAUGUUAUAUGAACAGUUCGAUCAAAUGCUGUGCUCAAAAAAUGAUUGGAAAGGUGUUUACGUGUUGAUAAGAAAUAAAACAUUUUUGAAUAAAUCAAAAUUAGAAUGGAAUAAAAUAUUAUCAAUAAAAGAUUCUAAAGGCAGAUUUCUAACCUUACUCUCAUGGACUGGAAGGAAAAAAAAUUUAUAUUCCUUGAACAAUGAAUAUGAUAAAUUGAAGGAACUAGAAAAGUUUAGUGAGAAAUUAAAGUUUGACAUAUAA